AUACACGGACCGCACAAGGACCCUCCCUGUUUUAGCAACAAAUCAUUUCAGUCACGUGAAAAAGGGAAGCGAAGGGAAAACAAGCUCAUUGUUGCGUGUGUCAGGAAGGACUGCACAUCAGUCUGUGGCAUCACUAGUUCUUUUACUGCAAAUCCUCCGGUGAUCACAGCAAGAAAAUGCCUGAAGCCAGUGUCGCUUUUACAGAAUUGGAAAACAGCCAAGUUUACCACCCACAGGCGUCAGGUUGGAGGUCAAAGGUCACAGAGAGACGGUGGCUGCUGCUGCUCUGUGGUCUCCUGGCGGCUGGUGUCAUUGGUCUUUGUGUCCUCACUUUCGAUAAUAUUAAAACAAAGAACAAUCUUCAAACUCUGAAGGAUGAACGUGAUUCAUUGUGGACAAUUCUCACAGCUGAAUCAUGUACAAAGUGUGAACCAGGCUGGGAUCUAAAUGGAGGAAGCUGUUAUUAUUUCUCUUCCGAUAAACUGACCUGGGACCAGAGCAGAAGUGUCUGUAAAAUUCAAGGAGCAGAUCUGGUCCAGAUAAACAGUGUAGAGGAGCAGUGGUUCCUGGACAACAAAGUGGGAGGAAAAAUGAAAUAUAUUUUCGACUGGUUCUGGAUCGGACUGACAGACUCAAGGGAAGCAGGCAAAUGGCUGUGGGUGGACGACUCACCUCUGAAGUCAAGUUUGUCUUUUUGGUACAAAAAUGAACCCAACAACUUGACCAACGAUAAUCCUGCUGGAGAGCACUGUGCUAGUAUGGGAGCACAAGGAGGAGCUACAGACCUGAAGUCUUGGUUUGACAGAUCCUGUAAUGUACCUCAAAGAAGAAUCUGUGAGAAAGCAGCUAAAACUGGACGAUAAACGACUUUAAUGUGUCUGAAUCCUGUUUGUUUCAAACUCAUAAUGAGGAGCAGCGUUACAAAUAUAAUAAGAACUUACUGAUACUUUUGUCCACACAGGUUAUAAGAAUAACUGAAUAACUCUUUUUACCAACAACCAACCCUCGUGUCUGUGAACACAUUUUUUGGUUUUAAAAUGUAUGUAAAUAUCAAAGUAAAUAGUUCUAAGUGUUUGUGACCUGGAGAAUUCAAAUGUGUUUUUGUAAUUGAACCAUAACAAGAUCAUUUAAAUCUACUUUGCUUUGAAUAAAAUUAUUCAGUGUAAAUGAUGAUGUAUAACAUG